GUGGUGUAUGUCACAGCUUAGCCUAGAUGGAGCUUGGUUGCUGACAAACAAAAUGGCCGCCACAAACAAAAUGGCCGCCACAAACAAAAUGGCCGCCACAACCAACCAACUGAGCCUGGUCAACUUUAAGCUCCAACUACUGGCAGAUGAGCUGCGCCUGGUUCAAACCUCAGUCGAGCGAUACUGUAAUGAUGUGAUGGAGAUCGGUACGACGUACUUAGGAGGGCGGGCUAAAACAGGGAGGACGCCCCAGGAUUUUAUCCCCAUCUACCAAAAACAUGCCGAGUUUUUACAGGAGAAAAUUGCUGAGUUGGAGAAACACACCCAGGUGCCAUCACCCAAGACCAGACGACUGAAACCCUCAGAGAAACCCUCAGAGAAACCCUCAGAGAAACCCUCAGAGAAACCCUCAGAGAAACCCUCAGAGAAACCCUCAGAGAAACCCUCAGAGAAACCCUCAGAGAACCAGCUCUUUAAUGUUCUCACCAGCAUACACCAGCUCAAAGACGCGAAAACAACAAUACAAAAGAUGCUUAAAAACAUCUUCACAGAGAUGGCUAUUUUAGGAAGCACGUUCGUGACGUCACAAGGUGUCCAGGGACCAAGCUUUAAGAAAGUCAGUCAGGCGCUAGAGGACGCUCUGCUGGUUGUCAUGGAGAAACGGUCCCAGUUCUCAGGACCAGCAGACGUAGAAACGGCAGACUUGAACCAGACAUUGCACAGUAAACAAAACCUUUUGUCCAGUGUAUCACACAAGCCGGAACCAACUUUAAGGCUGAUGGUAGAAAGAAUUGAUAAGCUGGAACAAAGCGCUAGAGAAAACAGUUCCAGCAUAGACUACCUGACGUCAGCACUAGGCCAAGUCAUCUCAGACGUUGACGUGUUACAGCUGACGUCAUCUGACCUUGACGAGCUGACCAACAAGGUGCAGGAGGUGAAGGACGAGGUCAACAACCUUGAAGACAAAGUGCGGGCGAUGGAGAGCGCGUACGACGAAGAGAUGCAGACCGUGACCGACAACAUCCAGAUCAUCGCCACAGAAGUGGAGGAGCUGUCUCUCAGGUUCGAAUCCUUCCUCCGUGCCUUCUCCGCCAGCAAGUCUGAGAACAUGAGAAUGCUGAGCCAGUUUGACCGCAGGAUGAGCGACGUGGAGACCAAAGGACUGCUAGCCCGUAUAAACAUUUCGUCCGGCGGGGAUAAACUAGCGGCUCACGACAACACGGACAACGGAAGCGACUCGGAAGUGUUUAGAGAGGACGAAAUCAAAGAUGGCGGAGGGACGGAAGCGGAAGUCAAAAAGACUUCACCAGCCGGAGAAGUAGUCAAAUCCCCCUCACAUUCGACGGACCUGAUGUUGAAGAUGAUGAAAGACGAAGAACGAGUCAAGAAAGAAAUGAUUAGAAUACGAAGCAUCGAGGAUAGUUUGUUGACUAGAGUGAAGGAAGAGGCAAGAAAAGAUGUACUGGCUCUAGAGGCUAUAGUCAAAAACAUGGAGGUUCGGCUUCAGCGAUGUGAAUCGGAGAAAAACUAAUGUAUGUGGAGACAAACUGGAUAAGAACAGGAAAAGAACCAAACUUAACGAAUCGA